UUCCAAACAACAAAACCAAAACAUAUAUCUUGUGUUAAGAAAAUGCUUUCAAAGAUGAAGCUGGUGGUUCUCAUGUCGUUCUUGCUCCUUCUUCCCUUGUGUUCUUCAAGGUUUGGAGAGAGCCAUGGAGAUGGAGCUCCUCACACCGACCAAUAUUCAGUAAAUAUGGUUGAAGAGAGUAUUCCGAAAAUGAUGGAUAGUCCGGAAACAGGCCCAAACCCAAGCCACGAUCAGAGAGUAAACGGUUGGGGUCGUCCUACACGGCCACCGUCACCGGAUGUAAACGGUUGGGGUCGUCCUACGCGGCCACCGCCACCGGAUAUGAACUAAGAACUACGAUGAUGAAGCAAAGAUCUGAGAAUAUGAUGGCUAUAUGAUAUGUGUAACUGUCAAACUAAUAAAAUUAAGCAAUAAAA